AUGACAUCCCUUAAAUGUGAAACCUGUUCAAAAAGUUGCAUUUUUAAGAGCCGCCCAAAGGAGGAUGAAAUUUUCGGCUCCCCUUGCGACUUAUGUCAACGACCCAUCUGCAAAUUGUGCGCCGAAAUAACAACCACAGAAGCUCAUGCUGUUUCAUUAGCGCGGAGAAGUUUGUUGUUUUUUUGUCCCGACUGUAAAUUAUCAUUGAAUGAUCACAUGAAGGAUUUACCUAAUUAUAGGAUUCUUUUGGAGAAGUAUGAAAAAACAAAGAAAGAAUCUGCUAUUAAGGAUAAAAGCUUAGAAACACUGGAAAACAAAUGCUCUGAAAUAACACAAGAGCUUCGAAUUGAAAUUAAUAAACUUAUUACGGACAAUGAAGCAAAGGCUAUUCAUAUUAAGAGGCUUAACAGAAAGACACAGGAUUUUGAAAAUAGCGCCAUUGAUGCAGAGCAGGAGCUUUAUACUGAAAUAAAUAACCAGAAAGCAGAAAUACUUCAACUUGCUCAAAAUAUUUCGGAUCUUAUUGACACUAAUUUGGAUUUGACUGCACAGCUUUCUUGCAGAUUUAACAGAGACCAACAAGAAUAUGUUAACUAG